UGGAGAGGCGGACUGCAGAAAGCACACUUGGUUGAAUGUCCAUUAAAGCAGCAAUCAGCGGUAAAUGUGUGAUGAUGCCACUCUCCAAACACACACCGAGCGGAUUGUCCGAGGCUGCGGGAGUACACUUUGGCACCGGGUAGACACUUUGUGAAGUGCUGCCGCUGCACGGCUGCGGAUCCGCUGUGCGCUGCGGAGACUGGCUGCAAAUCAAAUCAGGAGUCGCUCUCUGGGGAUUUGAGCAGUGAUGGACAGCUGUUGGGACAUUGAUUCGGGGCAGAGUUGACGAUAAAUUGACCGUGCGGUAACACAGGCGACACAAUGGACCAAGGAGCUGUUUUCUGUGGCUGCCUGAGGAGGAGGAGGGGUGGCUGACUUUUCUCCUGCGCUGCCAUCAGCGCAAGUGUGCGAGGAUCGUGAUGAUGCUUUAUGGCCAAACGUGAGGCUCUCAGCGCCGUCCAUGCUGCAAUGUUGGGUCAGUGCAGGUGCAUCCAGACUUGACGGGACCGAAUAAGAGCGGCCAACAUGGGAUUCACCUUUUCAUUUGCCUCCAUCUCCGUCUUUUCUGUCCACACAGCGUUUGUACGGAUACGGGAAACAUGUGCGCAGAUAUAACGGGUUCACGGAGUAAUUGAUGGUGUUGCGCUAUGAUCUCUGGGGACUAUCCGAGUUGUGCAAUGGUUUUAUUUCAUCUAGGCUACAGCGCGCGCUGCCGUGCAACCUCUCCAUGGAUGGUGGCUAAUUGGGCCCAAUGAUGUAGAGCCAAAUCCACCUGGAUCCAACGUUCCCUCCUCUCGUGGCUCCCCUGUGACUUCUGCGCAUGUUCAAUUGUUUUUUUUUUAAUUCCCAGAGUUUUUCACCACUAUUGCGUUGGAUAAUCUCCUCUAGUUUAGAAAUGUGUUUUAGAUGAAUGCUUGAGAUUAAACCAGCGUCCAGGCUGAUUCAGCAGUGACUAUGGGACAUUCCACUUAUGACAGACUUGUAAUGCGUCUCAUCUUUUGGGACUAAAUAGUUUCCUGACGUAAUUUUUAAGCGAAACAAAACGUUUCCCUCAGUGUGUAUUUGUAGAGGCACAUUUCUGUCGUUGCCUGCUGUUCUCCACUAUGUCUAGAUCUAACAGUGUCAGCCCACCCGGAGUCUGUGCCCCCGGGUUGAGGGGAGGGACCGAGCACAGAUCAGCUUGGGGAGAGUCUGAGUCCGUGGCCAAUGGGUGCCCAUACUCAGCCAGAUCCCCGCGCAAGAAGCUCACCCGGACCAACAGUCGGUGGAGGGAAGAGGAUGAUCUGGAGCACCGGCAGCCCGGGCGAGCCACCACGACCGUCAGCCGGGUCAGCUUCAGGUCCAGGUCGGCUUGGCAGGACCAUGGCGAGGAGAGCCGUGACAAAAACCGUGCGUCCCCGAAACGUCCAGACGGCGAGGUGAGACCCAAGUCUGUGGAGCUAGGUCUGGAUGAGCGGAGAGCCAAGCCGAGGACCGACGAGGAGGAGGUUAUGCCCGAAGUGAACUUUUCUGUAGUGGCGUGCUGCACCGGCGUGAUGCACAUUUUAAAAUCCAAGAAAUUCCAGUCGGAAAAGUUGGAGCGGCUCUACCAGCGCUACUUCUUCCGUCUCAACCAGAGCAGUUUGACUAUGCUGAUGGCAGUGCUGGUGCUGGUCUUUACGGUCAUGCUGGGCUUCCACUGCUCCGGGGGGCCAGAGAAGCCCAACGUAACUUACGUGGUGGUGUUUUCCGUGGCCAUCUUACUAACACUAGUUCUUAUGGUGGUGUGCAACAGGAACGCGUUUCACCAGGACCAUAUGUGGAUCGUGUGCUAUGUGGUCAUCCUGCUGGUGAUGGUGAUCCAGGUGAUCGGAGUGCUGCUCGUGCAGCCCAGAAGUGCCUCAGAGGGGAUCUGGUGGACCGUGUUCUUCACCCAUGUCAUCUACACUCUGCUGCCCGUCAGGAUGCGCGCCGCAGUCAUCACUGGAGUUAUUCUUUCUGCAAUCCACGUGGCUGUUUCUUGGAUGUUAAACGGCAUGGACAGCUUUCUCUGGAGACAGAUUGUGUCCAACGUGCUGAUCUUCUCCUGCACCAACAUCGUGGGAGUCUGCACUCAUUACCCCGCUGAGGGCUCCCAGAGGCAGGCCUUUCAGGAGACCAGGGAGUGCAUCCAGGCUCGCCUCCACUCCCAGAGAGAGAACCAGCAGCAGGAACGUCUUCUGCUCUCAGUGCUUCCCCGCCACGUUGCCAUGGAGAUGAAAGCUGACAUAAACACCAAGCAGGAGGACAUGAUGUUUCACAAGAUCUACAUCCAGAAGCACGACAACGUCAGGUAACACCAGGAGCACACACGAGGAGGAGGAGGAGGAGGAGGAGGAGGAGGAAUGAUGUGGGGAAACAGAUUGAAGCUGCUAUAAAUAGCACAUGUGUUACCUCUCAAAACAACACACACACACACACACACACACACCAAUAUACACACACUACUGCGCUUUUGCUCAGGAGGCAAAACUAGUCCUCCCCAGAAAAUGAAUCAGCGCUGAUGGAAAAAUAGAUUAGCAAUACUACCGGGUUUACCUGCAGGACAGAAUCCUGAUCCCGAUCGGAAACAGGAUUAAAAUCCGUUGCGGUUGCGACCCAAACCGGCCGGUGAAGAAGAGGGAGGAGUCCACAGUCAGUGACGGUGUAACAGAGUUUCUUAAAUAAAAGGCAGAAAUGUGCAAAGUGUGAGGCAUGUACACACAGAUGGUUUUUCAUUACAUGGUCUGGAUCAUAUUCUAAGGUGAUUUAAACUGAUAUUUAACUCAAGUUUAAAUUAUUAAACACUGAUUUCUUCUCAUCCAGGCACUGAAGGUUCACAGCACAGCUUGCAUUAGAUUGAACUAACUAUGAUUCAGUUCAGGUUAAUCCUGAAUGGUGCAGCCGCCCACAAGCACCGAGAGGAGGGGGGGGAGUGCAGGCGCUGCCAUGACAAUCAACUGCAUGGUGAUUUCCCUCCGUCUCUACGUACAGUAGAAGUCACCACAAAGAGUGUAACAUCAUCUGAAAUGUAAUUUAAAUGAAAAUAUUGUCAAUUAAAAAUGAGAAUAAACACCAAAACUCAAACAACCCAAUAUAUAAAUAAUUUAUUUUUAAUGAAAUUAUAAAAUUGUAUCUUUUUAAAGAAAAAUAUAUUAAUAUUACAAUAAUGUGAACAAUGGAUUUAUGUCUUUAAAGCCUAUUACGCCCUAAAAAGACAGAUUUUGUUGAUAUAAAAAUAAAAUAAAAAAAGUUACCCACACGACAGAUGUUUAUAUAUUUCACCUUUACUUUAAAAUCAUCAGGAGAUGGUGGAUGUGUAUGAAAGCUCUUCUUCAUGUGUGCCAGCUGUUGCUAGCGUUGGUUAAACAUUGGUGAUUUGUGAGACAUAAGUACUUAAAGGGAUAGUUGUAUGAGGUAUUUAUACACAGUCGGUGUAUUACUACAGUAGAUGGCCCCCAGUUUGGAGAAGCAGACAGGAGUAAUGUACCGCUGUGGACGGCGGCAAUACAAAAAGAAUCUAAAGCUACAAAGUCUCAGUGUUAAGGCUAACACAAACACUGACACCGACUGUGGAUAUGUACCUCAUACAACCCCACUUCAGAAGAAUAGGAACUAUCACUUUAACAUUUUCAGAAAACCGAAGCAGUUAACACCCAUCGAUAAGUGUUGACCUUUACAAACCAGCACUGCGUCAUGCAUUAGAUGCUGCUGAUCAGCUGUUUUCAGCUCCUCCUGGUGAUAGUUUCAGGGACCGAAGGUAAAAGCUUGAAACGUAAAACAUGUCAUUGUUUGUAGUAACUUCACUCCUACAAUGCAGCCGAUAUCUUCUCCAGCAUCGAGUAAGUGAAGGUUCGUUAUUGAUCUUGCAGAUGCCAUUAGCGAGAGCCGCCUCACGUGGCCUUCAUUAGUGGAGUUUGCUCAGUUGUCAGGGAGAUGGUUCACUUGGUGUCACAUGGUGUUUAAAGGGCAAAUCCAAACUGUUUACUGUUUAUAUGUUCACUUAUUUGCAGUAUCUAAAAUUAUCAAGAUUUGUUAUGUGGUGUCUGGUUUUACUAUGGAGAAACAAUUAUUAUGUAUAAAGUAGACGGGCCUCCUUUUCUGGCAGACCUCCGCCAGGCCAUGCCCUCUCUGGCAAUGUUAACAAAAGUGGAAAAUAAUUAGUGUACCGAUUUUAAAUAAAUAAUAAAAUACAAUACAAUAAUAAUAAAUAAAUAAAUAAAUAAAAAUAAUAAAUAAAUAAAAAUACAAUAAAUAAAUAAUAACAAUUAAAUAAAAAAUGUUUAAUCUUCAUUGGUCCGUGUUACACCCUGUAGUUUUCUGUAAACAGACACACAAUGAAACCGAAAACAUUACGGAGGUAUUUAUAAAAUCAAUGUAGUUUUCCAUAUACUCCUUAAAAAAAACCUGCAUGAAAACUAUUUUUGUUCAGUAAGUACGUUUCUCAGCCUGGUGCUUCCGGUCUGACUGCCGUCCUCUCAUACAGGGGGGCGGGGAUGGAGGUCGAACGAAUGGACGCACAGAUGUUCUGAUGUGAUUCCCAGUAUGUAUGAAAUGUCCAUCUUGUGAUAACAGAAGGUCAUAAAGGGGAGGAGAUCAUCAUGCUCCCCGUCUCUGCUUAAAGAUGGUCUUUGGCUCCUGAUUGAUGACUUUGACGUCUUUCUAAUCGAGACUUUGAACAGUUUUGAGGCUGAUGCUCAGAGACGGCAGGUGUAGUGGGUUUCAUUCAGUGCUUGUCUUUUGUUUAGGGUCCUUACAGUUUCAGUGACACGGUGGUGUAGCACUGGUUUAACAUACUUUGAUGUGCAUGAUGUGGCUUUGCUGUAAUAACUGAACAGCUGUGGUUUGGUAUGGCACCGCCCUGUGGAGAAACAUAGCACUGCACCAGGGUGACGGUGAGAAACAGACGUGUGUCUCUGUGUGUCUGUGUCUGUUUGUCUCUCUGUCUGUGUGUGUCUCUCUGUCUCUGUGUGUGUGUCUCUGUGUCUCUGUGUGUGUGUCUCUCUGUCUCUGUGUGUGUG